CUUUAUUUGCUUUUUUUCGCAACUUUUUUAAUUUUUUUCCUUUUUAGCGUUUGUAAUUGGAGCAGCUGUGUAAUUCAAUUGACUUUUCUCUCUCUCUCUAGCCUCUGUUGUUUUUUCUUUGCUUGAGAAACUUUAUUGAAUACAGUGUGAUGAGGGAGACUUAUGGGGCCCCCAAGCUCCCGCCUCGGACUCCGGAUACGGUGGCCGUAGAUGGCGGCUCCGAUGAGAGGGUAGAUCGGCCCAUGACUUACCAAGUCUGGAAAGGCAGCAAUAUAUUUUUCCUUGGAGGAAGGCUCAUAUUUGGACCUGAUGCAAGAUCUGUUUUGCUAACCAUAUUUCUUAUUGUUGCUCCUGUUGCUGUUUUCUGUGUGUUCGUGGCCAGAAAGCUAAUGGAUGAUUUUCCUAAUCACUCAGGAAUAUCAAUACUAGUCAUUAUUGUUGUCCUCACGAUAGUAGAUUUAAUCUUUCUACUCCUAACCUCUGGAAGAGAUCCUGGUAUCAUACCUCGUAAUACUCAGCCUCCGGAACCAGAAGGUUAUGAAGGACAAAUUGAAGUAACAAAUGGCCAAACUCCACCAUUUCGCUUGCCACGCACAAGGGAUGUUAUGAUCAAUGGGAUAAUUGUCAAGACUAAGUACUGUGACACCUGCAUGCUUUAUAGGCCUCCACGCUGUUCUCACUGUUCAAUAUGUAAUAACUGUGUGGAAAGAUUCGAUCAUCACUGCCCUUGGGUUGGUCAAUGCAUUGGACUGCGGAAUUACAGGUUCUUCUUCAUGUUUGUCUUCUCGGCAACUAUUCUUUGCUUGUAUGUACAUGCCUUUUGCUGGGUUUACAUCAAGAGGAUCAUGAAUAGUGAAGAUACAACAAUUUGGAAAGCAAUGGCCAAGACUCCUGCCUCUAUUGUGCUAGUAGUUUACACCUUUAUCGCCGUUUGGUUUGUUGGUGGCCUUACAGUGUUUCAUUUGUAUCUCAUCAGUAAAAAUCAGUCCACUUACGAAAAUUUUAGAUAUCGAUAUGAUGGACUACCAAACCCAUAUGACACAGGAAUAUUUGAAAAUUUCAUGGAAGUUUUUUGCUCCAGUAUUCCUCCAUCUAAGAACAAUUUUAGAGCUAAAGUUCGGAAGGAACCCGAACUUCCACCAAGAAUGGUCAGUAGUUUUGUCAGUUCAAACACAGAAAAAUCAGUAGGUGACAUAGAGAUGGGUAGAAAGCCGAUAUGGGAUGAAAACGGGAGAGAGGGAAAUCGUUAUGACAGCGCAAUCCGAAAUGAUGACAGUCUAGAUGAAGAAGGCGGGUUACCUGAUGUUUCUCCGGAUUUAAGUAGGAUUCUUCCCCCGCAAGGUUUGGAAGGACGUAGUGUGUUGCACUCUAGGCGCUCUAGUUUGGGAAGAAAAAGCGGAAGCUGGGAGAUAUCACCUGAUGUUGUUGCUUUAGCAGCCGCAGUCGGGGAGUCAAAGCGGGUUAGUAGCGGUAACUUGACAUCAGAAGCUCAACAAUCUGAAACAAACAUCAAGAUGUAAAGUUAAAUUGGAAGAAACAAUUAUGUAAAAAAAGAGGGUCUGGUUUGGGAAUUGAUUGAAUAGUGAUGCUAUUAGGUAUUCAAUCUCCUUGCAAUACUACUACUGUGUGUAAUUGUUCCUUUGUAUGUAAAAAGAAGAUUUUGAUUUCUA